AGGGCAGUCGUAGCUCAUGAAUAACAGCCACGAUUUUCCUACGACUUCUCGGCAACUACUUGAACCUAACCAGCAGUGGAUUUGAUUGGUACUCUUGCCUACUCGAUCCGCAGAAACCACAGAACCCACUGAGAUUCGGCUGGUUUUAAUUGGUUCCUGUCGUAAUUUCGAAGACGAGGUACGCAUGAAAGACAUGCAGGAUUUGUCGAAACACUUCGCGUUAGAUGAGAACGUGGAAUUCAAAUUGAACGUACCGUACUCGGAACUUCUCUUGGAGCUUCAACGAGCAACGAUAGGUUUGCAUACGAUGUGGAACGAGCAUUUUGGGAUCAGCAUCGUCGAAUGCAUGGCUGCAGGAUUAAUCGUCGUCGCUCACGAUUCCGGUGGUCCAAAAGCUGAUAUAAUUGAAACGCAACCGGGAUCCCAAAACGGAUUUUUGGCUACUGAACCUGAGGAAUAUGCAAAAAUCAUGGCACAUAUUAUUAGAAUGGAUCCAGAGGAAAGAAAUGCGAUUAAACUAGUUGCUAGAGCUUCAGUAAAUCGAUUCUCGGGCGAAGUGUUUGAAAGAGAAUUCUUACGAACGAUAGAGCCAUUUUUCAGGCUAAAACAGGAAUAAUUUUUACCAAAAGUAUGGUAUAAAUGUGAUUGAUUGUAUGAACGUCAAUUUAUUUUGAAUAAAAUGGUUACUUAUAUACUUA